AUGAUCGUCCCACUCCUUUCAGCCUUCCUCCUCGCGCCGCUCCUCGCCUCGGCCGCCUGUACCAGCAACAGUUCCAACACUGCCGCCCUUCAGAAGCUCAUCCAAGAUGGGGGUGCUGGCUACACCUUGCAGCUAUGUCCCAGCAACGUCUUUGCGCUGAGCGACGUCCUCAAUUACACCGCUAUCAACCAGGAAAUCUCAACAGAGGGCUAUCCCACAGACGAUACCCGUGCUACUCUGAUCGUCAGCGGGUUUAACAAGACCACUGCCGUCUCUGCAGCAACCAAAGGUCGGGAUGGAGCUGUGCUGCGCAAUAUCAUCAUUAACGGAAACAGGAAGGCGAAUGAGACGAUCUACCAGGGGGGUGGUGGUAACAUCGAGUUUGGAGGUGUCAACUCCAAUCAGACCAUAGAAUAUGUCAAGACCUACGACCCCAGAGGAUGGUCAUGCAUGCACAUCUCUGAAGGACAGCUUAACUGUUACAACGCCACCAUCCAAAACAAUGAUAUCGGUCCUUGCGGUACCGACUUUUUCCAAAACUGGGCCGAUGGUGUCUCCCUUUCGUGCUCGGAAAGUCUUGUGCAGAACAAUGAGAUUGUGGACGCCACGGAUGGAGGUAUCGUCGUAUUCGGCGCGCCGUUUUCGACUAUCAGAAACAACACUAUUCGAGCCAAGACUCGUAUCAUGAUUGGCGGUAUCAACAUGGUCGACGUUAAACCUUGGAAGCCCAUCGGAAAUUACUCGCAUACUGUUGUGGAGGGUAACACUAUCUACGGAGGUUUCGCUACUGGUAUGGGCAACGAUACACUGGGUCCUCAGGACUAUGGAGCUAUCAUCAAGAUGGGCAUUGCUCUCGGACCUGACGCGUGGUUCUCUGACCAGCGAUUCGGCGCAAACAAGUCCACUGGCGGUGUGAUCAGGGACAACUCUUUAUCCGGCGCGUUUGCUUUUGGCAUGGGUGUUACCAGUGCGGAAGACUUUGUCAUUGAAAACAAUACCUUCUUCGGAAACACCUCUUUUAUUGGCGUGCAAGGCCCCAACUGCACGACUGGGUGGAAGACUCCUCACCCCUCGGUCCCCCUCCUCUCCGAAUCCACCUACCUAGUCAACGUGUCCAUCGACGUUCCCGAUUCUUCUCCCUUCGACUUUGUCAACGGCACAGGUAUCGGUCUCACAUGCUUUGUUGCUCCCAACAAGACUGAAUACGCCUGGCCUUACGGCGGGGGACAGGUCAACAGUGUGGAGCCGUCAGAGACCAGUGAUGGCAGCAGUGGCAGUCAGACCAGUGUGGAUAGUACGGCGAGCGCCACCUCGAGCGACAGUGCUGGGUCUCGGGGUUUGGCGACGCAGGGCCCAUGGGUGUUGGCGAUGAGCUGGGCUGCUGGCUUGAUGCUGGCCGUCGCUGGUGGUAUUUCGGUUGUCAUCUAG